CAAGAACCUCCUCCAUACAAACUUCAAGCUCUCAACUUCGCGACCACGAGACCUCUUACGCUUAUCCUCCUCAUCGCAAUCGCGAUCGCAACACCGCCAGUCAUGAACUCUCUCUUCGCCCGUCUCUCUCGCCCUUUCACCUCAUCAACCAUGCGCUUCGGACCUGAGGGAACUGGCGCUGUUUCCGUGCCCGAGGGCACCGAGAAGGCCACAGUCGCAGCUGGCUGCUUCUGGGGUGUCGAGCACAUGUACCGCCACCACUUCCCCAAGGAUGCUGUCCUGGACGCCAGAGUCGGUUACAUCGGCGGCAACACCGACAACCCCAGCUACCGCGCUGUAUGCACCGGAAGAACAGGACACGCCGAAGCCCUACAGAUCUAUUACAACCCCUCCAAAGUCUCAUACCAAAAACUUCUCGAAUUCUUCUACCGCAUGCACGACCCCACGACCGAAGAUCGCCAAGGGCCCGACGUUGGCACCCAAUACCGUAGCGGCAUCUUCACACACAACGACGAACAAGACAAGAUCGCUAGAGAAGUGACAAAGAAGGUUCAAGAGCAAUGGUGGAAGCAAGGAAAGAUCGCCACCGAGAUCCUACCUGCAGGAGAAUGGUGGGAUGCUGAGGAUUACCAUCAGAAGUAUUUGGACAUCAACCCUGGCGGUUACGAGUGCCCGAGCCACUUUUUGAGAAAGUUCCCUGAUCUUGAUUAGAUCUGAGUAUCUGAUUGAGACGGAGCGCUCCCUUGUCUUUUCCUUUUUUGCUCACUGUUUGUAUAUAUACCUAGGAUAUGAUAUCCAUCAACUGCAUUUCAAU